GCAGUUGCAGGUUGACGAAUCGGAUUGCCAUUGCGCCGGUGAAACUCCUUGAGGCAGCUCUGAUAUUGCUGGAGCAUGAUCGAUGGCGGAAGGAUUUGAAUUUAAUGUGCCUGAAAACGGAGGAGGAAUCUACCUUCCGUUCCAUCUCUGCGUCGAGUCCCACAGCCUGUGGUUGUCGCGGCCACCGAUGAUGUUGCCGACGGCGACGCUGCCCUCCCUCUCCGCCAUUGCCGCACUCCACUCUGCAACGCUGUUGUGUGCUCGAGGGUUGUUACUGUGUCGGUUUGGAGUGGACUCGACUCGGGUCGGGUGGCGUCCAAAGCUCACAGACCAGUCCACACGGACACGCGGCCGAGCCCACCGAGUCGGAGUCUGCACUGCAAUGGAUCCGUCGUCGGGUUCGGGUCUGGCGGCGUGCGGCGACCUGCGCUCGGCGCUGCCCUUCCUCCCCGUCGUCCUCCGCGGCGGCGCCCUCUUCUGGCCGCCGCCGGCGCAGGAGUCGCUGAGGGCCCUCGCGCUCGGCCCCGACGUCAGCCGCGUAGCCUCGGGCGACGUCCUCGCCGACGCGCUCUCCGACCUCCGCCUCGCCCUCGCUCUGCCCCCGCUGUCCCCCCGCGCCUCCGACGGCCUCGCCCUCUUCUUCGAUGACCUCCUCUCGCGAGCCCACGCGCGGGGCUGGUUCGCCGACGUCCUCCCCUCCCUAGCCCGCCUCCUCCUCCGCCUCCCCGCGCUGCUCGAGGACCACUACGCCAAGGAGGCGUCCGGGCUUCGGAUCCUGGGGUCGCAGGAAGCCGGCGUUGUGGUCCUCAGCCAGGAGCUCGUCGCCGCGCUGCUCGCCUGCGCGCUCUUCUGCCUCUUCCCCACGGCCGAUAGGAGCGAGGCAUGCCUUCCCACGAUCAAUUUCGACGGCCUGUUCUCGGCUCUGAGUCACCGUUCGAGGCAAAGCCAGGAGCAGAAAGUGAGAUGCCUUGUUCACUAUUUCGAGAGGGUGACUGAUUCUACACCUACUGGUUUCGUUUCGUUUGAGCGCAAGGUUCUUCCUCGCCAAUCUGUCUCGGAUGGCGUUGCCUAUCCUGACAUUGAUGCGUGGAUGAAAUCCAGUGCCCCCCUGUGCCAAUUCCGGGUAUUUUCCUCAGGUUUUAUAGAAGAUGAGGAACAAGAAGCCCUAGAAGUUGACUUCGCAAAUAAAUAUCUGGGAGGAGGUGCACUUUCCAGGGGCUGUGUGCAGGAAGAGAUCCGCUUCAUGAUUAACCCAGAACUUAUUGUGGGCAUGCUCUUCACGGCUUGCAUGGAAGAUAAUGAGGCCAUAGAAAUUGUUGGUGCAGAAAGGUUCUCACAGUAUAUGGGGUAUGGUUCCUCAUUCCGCUUUGUUGGUGACUAUUUAGAUAGCAAGCCCUUUGAUUCAAUGGUUAGACGGAGAACUAGGAUAGUGGCAAUUGAUGCAUUGGACUGCCCAACUAUGUUACAGUAUGAAUCUAGUUGUCUUCUAAGGGAAGUGAACAAGGCGUUCUGUGGGUUUUCUGAUCAAUCGAAACAUCAGCUCUAUGCGAAGCUUUUCCAGGAUUCUGUUACCAAGGAUAACUCUCCAAGUAUCAGUUCCGGUGAAUAUAUAGGGGUUUCAACUGGAAACUGGGGUUGUGGUGCUUUUGGUGGAAACCCUGAAAUUAAGAGCAUGAUUCAGUGGAUUGCUGCAUCACAGGCACUCCGACCUUUUGUUAAUUAUUACACUUUUGAGGCUGCAUCUCUGGAAAGAUUAAGUGAGGUGAUCCAGUGGAUACUACGUCAUGGAUGGACAGUUGGCGAGUUGUGGCACAUGCUCAUCGAGUACUCAUCCCAGAGGUUGAGAGGAGACACGUGCAAGGGCUUUUUCGCGUGGCUACUUCCCAAUGACGACCCCAAUAGUGAUGUGCAUGACAUGUCUGAGUAGUCCCAGUUUUGCGAUGUCAGAAUCUGUGAGACGGGGCAGCUCUAGGAGCGUCGUGCGUUACUUGUGUGUGCGCCCGAACAGCCACUCUGGAAAGAAAAACAUUCUUUGUUGAUUGCAUCCUUACGGAGAUUCUUA